GGGAUUGCCUUCUGAUAUUUUGCCUCCUUCCCUCCAAGCUUCUUGUUUUAUAAUCCGGAGCGCAUUGUAGAACAGCUUACUCGAUAUGCAUAUCAUUUCUGCUCCCCUGUUCAUCAAAAUUGAUAGUGUUUCUUAAAUGAGAGCUGUGUGUUCACAAUGGCGAGACCAUGGGUGCUGGUCGUCCUUCUCCUGUUAAUCGUAUUCACAUCGCAGUUCGAGUGGAAGCAGCAAUUGGGGAAUGAAACCCCAAAAGACCAGUACGCUUUGCAACACCAAGAAUCAGUAAAAGAAAAGAUCAUACUUUCUCAAGAAAAAAAUAUUCAGAAACUCAAUGAGCUAGUAAGAAGUCUUAGAGAACAGUUGCUUCGGUGUAGGGGUGAGAAUGAGGUUUCAAAUGGCAGUGUCAUCCCUUUGGCUGAACAUUUUACCAACCUUCACCAGCCACCAAUCCUGGAUGACUAGCUGUCACUCCUCAGUUACAGACAUUUUAACAUUACUACAUCAGUUUGCUUGGUACAUGCAAGUACAGGUAGAUAAACUUUGUUUUCUUGAAGCUUCAUAAUUGACUAUUGUUUCAGUUGAUAUAUUAUAUGACAUGAAGUUUUGAAUGUCUCUUGUCAAAAUUUCAAGGGUGGUUGAAAUUUGUUUGAGUUACGGCACUCCUGUAUUUUGUAACCCUUCUCAGCUUGAUUUACCAUUCCAAAUGAUGGUAAAAAGAGGUGAACAGAUGGUAUCUGCAGUCAUGCAGAAGGGGAAUUAGAUUGGUAUUUGUAGUUUGAAUGUAAACAACUCAUAUUACCAAAU